AAUUACACAUUUUCCUUUUGUGUCAAAAAGGGUAUAAAUAAUUCAUUUUGUAAACACAAUGUGCAAGAAGUUGGGUAUUUUGAAAAAGUUUAAUAUUUGCACUAAAUACAGGGCCUGCAUAUCUUGGGCAUGCAUCAACAUAGUCGUCGGAAUCGCUUUUAUUCCUCUUGUGAUGAACUUUGUAAGACGGGAGAAGCUGCCAGUGACCGUACUGGUUGUUGGAUGCAUUUGUGGGGCAACCUUUAUAAUAUCUGGUUUUAUGCUGUUGAUUGGCGUCUUGAAGGCUUUUCGAUGCCUGGUUUGCUGCUCCAUAGUCUUCUGUGGUAUAGGCAUUUUCUUUCUGCAGUGGUUAAUAAUACCUUUGGCACUUUAUUUUAUUUUCUCCUUCGUCGUGUAUAACUAUUACCAAGUGGAUAUGUCCCCCGAUGAUCGCUAUAGAGUGCCGCGACGCUUUUCCUAAAUAAAAUGAAAUAUUUUUUAUUAUGA